GGCGACGAGCGGAGAAUUUGGGCUCAGGAGGAAAGGAGCUGCCGGAUGGCGCCCAGCAAUUGGCGAGAGGGGAGGCGCGUGUAACUCGAGGGUGGAGAGACAGAGCCCUUAGCUCCAGCGCUCUCCCGUGCGCUGCUAAGACUUUAUCCUCCCCUCAAGGGUAAACGUGGGAGGUAAAGAGACCUUCCGCUGCGUGAAGCCGGUUCGACCCGGAAACAAAAUCUUUUUAAAAACUAUUCACAGUCUGCGGGGGCGGGAGGAAUUGAAGUGUCGAGAAGACUGGACGGCUUCGCAGGUUGCUAAGCGACGAGGUGGGAGAGCGCGCGCACGCACGGGCCGCUGAGGAGUACCUGAGGGAUCUGUGACGCUGCAGCUCCGACACCUAGGCGACCGAGCGAACGCGCCGUGUCCUCACGGGUCCGUCUUCACCGCCCCGGUAGUGUCCAGUGACGCGGUGAGGGGUUUGCAGGGACGCCCCCUCAGAGGCGGCCGGGGGCCGCACAUCUUCCCCACUCCGGAGGCAGGACAGAGAUUCCUUCUGCCAUCAGAUGUCUUUCUGCUUGACUGAACUGCACCUGUGGUCUUUGAAGAAUACCUUACACAUUGGGGAUAGAGACAUUGGGAUCUACCAGUAUUAUGACAAGAAAGAGCCACCAGCAACAGAGCAUGGUAACUUAGAAGAAAAGCAGAAGCUGGCAGAAUCACGAGAUUUUCCAUGGACGCUCAAAAACAGACGCCCAGAAAAACUUCGAGACUCACUCAAGGAGUUGGAGGAGCUGAUGCAAAAUAGUCAGUGUGUGCUGAGCAAAUGGAAGAACAAAUAUGUCUGUCAGCUUCUCUUUGGUUCAGGUGUGCUGGUGUCCUUAAGCCUUUCCGGGCCGCAGCUGGAGAAAGUGGUGAUUGACAGAAGCCUGGUGGGGAAGCUCAUCUCAGACACCAUCAGUGAUGCUCUUCUCACAGACAGCUUUAUCAUCUUAUCAUUUUUGGCACAAAACAAACUAUGUUUUAUUCAGUUUACCAAGAAGAUGGGUUCUCCUGAUAUAAACAAAAGACUGGAAAAACUCUCAGCCUUGGAUUAUAAGAUUUCCUAUUAUGAAAUCCCUGGCCCAAUAAACAGGACAACACAGCGUCGUCUAGCUAUCAAUUGUGUUCAAGAUAUAGUUGUUUGCUGGUGGCCACUGGUCAGUGAUGAUGCUUGGCCUUGGGCCCCCAUUUCUUCUGAGAAAGACAGAGCCAAUCUGCUGCUCCUGGGUUAUGCUCAAGGAAGACUGGAGGUUCUGAGUUCUGUACGCACGGAAUGGGAUCCACUGGAUGUUCGCUUUGGCACCAAACAGCCUUAUCAGGUGUUGACAGUGGAGUGCUCCAUCAGUGUAGACAAAGAGCCCAUGGCUGACAGUUGCAUCUAUGAAUGUGUUCGGCACAAAAUCCAGUGUGUAUCAGUCACCAGAAUACCACUAAGAUCGAAGGCCAUUAGCUGUUGCAGGAAUGUUACUGAAGACAAACUGAUUCUGGGCUGUGAAGAUUCUUCAGUAAUUCUUUAUGAAACUCACCGUAGAGUGACUGUCUUAGCUCAGGCUGAACUUCUGCCUUCAUUAAUAAGCUGCCACCCAAGUGGUGCCAUUCUGCUAAUUGGCAGUAACCAAGGGGAGCUGCAAAUUUUUGAUAUGGCUCUUUCUCCUAUUAACAUCCAGCUUUUGGCUGAAGACCGCUCACCUAGGGAGACUCUACAAUUCAAAAAAUUCUUUGAUGUUUCUAGCAGUCUUGUUCAAAUGCAGUGGAUAGCUCCGCAGGUUGUUUCUAAGAAGCCUGAAAGUGGGGACAUCUAUGAUCUCCUCUUCCUCAAGUUUGACAGAGGACCUUUGGGUGUACUUCUGUUUAAACUUGGUAUCUUCACACAAGGACAGCUGGGCCUGGUAGACAUCAUCUUCCAGUACAUUCACUGUGAUGAGAUCUGUGAGGCAAUAAACAUCCUGAGUAGUAUGAACUGGGACACUCUGGGCUACCAGUGCUUUAUCAGCAUGACUGCCAUCGUAAACCACCUUCUUAGACAAAAGCUCACUCCAGAGAGAGAAGCACAGCUUGAGGCAAGCCUUGGAACCUUCUAUGCUCCAACAAGACCACUCCUGGAUACAACUAUAUUGGAAUACAGAGACCAAAUCAGCAAAUAUGCAAGGAGAUUCUUCCACCACUUACUCAGGUACCAGAGAUUUGAAAAGGCAUUUCUGUUAGCUGUUGACAUUGGUGCUCGUGACCUGUUUAUGUGGUCUGGAACUGAACCCACAAUAUCUCCAGAGUAUGCCUGUAAUCCAUUAUAUAAAAUGAGGCACCCUGAGUCCAUACUGAUACGAGACAUCCAUUACCUUGCACUAGAUAAGGGCGAAUUGGCACUAGCUGAAAUGGCAAGAAAGAGAGCUAGUGACAUUGAUGCAGAAUCAAUAACCUCUGGAGUUGAACUCCUGGGGCCUUUGGACAGAGGGGAUAUGCUAAAUGAAGCUUUUGUUGGCCUAUCUUUAGCACCUCAAGGAGAAGACAUAUUUCCAGAUAACCUCCCUCCCUUUUGUUCAAUCCACAGACAUAUUAUUCAACAAAGAACACUGAAUGUCUCUGCUGACACGUAAGCUAUGCUGAACUGAGAAAAUUGCUCCAUACAGGAGCAGUAUUUAGUAUUGAACAAUUGAAAUAUUCCCUGUUUAAAUGCAAACUAAUAG